AAAAGGUAUGCGCCGCCGCCGACACCGGUUCUGGCAUUUGAUGAUUCCAUUUGGCUGACACGCAUUUUUUGCAACCACAUUGCCAGGCAGCGUCUUCGGAUAGCCGCAUCAUCCCCUUUCCCUCACCCCCCCCCUUUCCCCGUUUCGACCCUCGAACGAGUUCGGCCCUCGAGCUCGACCGCUGCUCCAACCGCAGCCAUGGCGACUCAGCAGAACCCGCCCUUCAAGGUCGACCGCUACGUCGUCAUCCACGUCGCCACGACCUGCGAUGAACACGGCGUCUACGUGACCAAGGACUCGGCCGAGGUGAUCGAGCUCGGCUGGAUCCUGCUCGACGCAAACACGCUGGAUGAGCUUCACCGCGAGAGCGUGCUCGUCAAGCCCGUCAACACCCCAAUUACCCCCCUCUGCACGAGCUUGACCACCCUGACCUGGGAACAUGUUCGGAACGCCGGCACGUUUAGAGACGCCAUUAACCGCUUUGACGCCUUCGCCUCGGAGCAUCUGACCUCGCAGAACCUCGACUUCGUCUUUGUCACCCUCGAGGCAUGGGACCUGCGCGUGCAGCUCCCCCGCGAGGCUCGGGACAAGUCGGUCGUCCUCCCUCCGUACCUGCAGCACUCUCGGGCCUUCGAGCUCCGUACCGAAUACCAACGCUGGCAGCAGCACCAUCCCGAGUCGCUGCCCUUUGGGCCGUCAUCCCUGGCCAAUAUCUGCGCCGCCUUGGAGGUCGAAGCCGUCCAGUCCAGCGCCCCCAUCAAGCACAACCUGCCCUUCCAUCUGCAGGCCCUGGCGCCGGCGUCGCCCCGCCGGGCCAUGGAGGAAGCCGUGACCCUCGCUCGCGUGCUUCGUGGCCUGAUCCGGAAGUCCCAGCCGCCGCAUGAGCACCCCGACGUGCUCACCAGGCCCAUGGACGCCCGCGCCGAUGUCCGCGCUUUCCUUUCGGAGCGCAGCAAGGUGCUGCACCUGUCCGGAUUGCCCCAUGACACCACUCAGUCGGAGCUGGAGAGCUGGUUCACCCAGUACGGCGGCCGUCCCAUUGCCUUCUGGACGCUGCGCACCCCGGAGCAGCACAAGCCGACCGGUACCGGCUUCGCCGUUUUCUCAUCCCAUGAAGAGGCUGCCGAGAGUCUGUGCAUGAAUGGGCGCGCCUUGAACGAGAAGGCGAUUGAGGUGUCUCCGUCUUCGAGUAGGGUUCUUGACCGGGCCGCCGAGAUCCUCACGCCCUUCCCGCCGAGCAAGAACCGGCCUCGGCCUGGCGACUGGACCUGCCCGUCAUGCGGCUUCUCCAACUUCCAGCGUCGUACCGCCUGCUUCCGCUGCUCGUUCCCUGCCGUCACCGCCGGGCCUGCCGGCGAGAUUGGUUACGGCUACGGCUAUGCGGCCCCCGCCAUGAUGCCUCCGCCUCCUCACAUGGGUCAUCACGGCCACGGCGGUGGUCACGGCCGCAUGGGUGGCUCCGGCGUUGUUCCUUUCCGCGCCGGCGAUUGGAAGUGCGGCAACGAGGUCUGCGGCUACCACAACUUCGCAAAGAACGUUUGCUGCCUCCGCUGCGGCGCCAGCCGUGCCGGUGCGGCCGUGGUGGCCGACUCCGGCUACCCAUCUCCCAUGGAUGCCCCUUCGUCCUACGGCAUGGGCCAGGGCUCGAUGGGCGGCAAUCCCGGCGCCGGGCCCGGCCCGUUCGGCACCGCUGCCGGCGGCUUCGGCUCUGGUGCCGGCUACGGUCAGCACUUUGGCGGGCCCCCCAGCACCUACGCCCUCCCGUCCGGCUUGGGUGGUGGCGCCGCGCCAUACCCUCCUCUGAACACGCACUUUGGUCCUGCGCCGGGCACCACCCACUCUGCCGGUCCUUUCGACAGCCGCGCGGCUGAGGCGGCCUUCCAGUCGGCAGGCAACGGCCCUGCUUCUGCCGGGCCCGGCAAUAACUUCUACUCGCAGAACGAGAACGACCCCUUCGCGUUCCUGUCCUCUGGUAUCGGCAGCCUCUCGGUCAGCAACCAAGAUGCCCGUCAGAACGGCAGCGGCGCAACCCAGAACAAGUCGCCCGCCUAAGCGUCAGCCACAGUAUAACCUCCAACAAUCUUUAUCGCUAAACGGUAGGGACGAUGCCUUCGCUCAAAGGCUGCCACCGCUCCGUCUGCUCUUUCACGCGUGGCUUUCUUCGGCAAGUUUGGGAACGAGGGAUAGAGGAUUUAUCUGGGCCUUGGCAAUAUUCUGCGGCAAAGUUUCGUCUGUUUCUUCAGUGCGAGGCGGGUUAAUGAGCAUUUGGGAGAGAUACCACCGCCAUCCACCUUACUGGGUUUGUGUGGUUGAAGGGCACGGCAAACGGACGGGUGGCAGGGGUCAAAAAGUACAAAGGGCUGGAAAGACAAAAGAAAGAUGCCAUUCUUAACAGGGUCCCCUUCAGGGCGGAGUUUUCUCGAACCGACAACACAUUGUACUAGUUCUCUCUUUACGGCACGGGGUCACAAAGGGGGGAUCUGGGAAAUGCUCUCUCUCCUCAAAUCGCCCGGGUCACUCACACAUACUGUUGUUUCCAAUUCUCGUCGACUUCGAAACUCGCAACAAUGGGCAGAACCGAUCGAAAGUGGGCAUUGGGCUGGGCUGGGCUGGUUGGGCUGGAUCAGGAUUCGGGGCGGGCGCGUGGGAAAAUGGGAGGUGGAGAGGCGUGCAUAGCGAGGGAGUGUUCAGCGGUUUAUAUCCGGCCUUUGGUGCUCGUAAAAUGGCGGUUGGGGGGAUCACAUGCCUUUGCGCUGUUUCUUGUGUGUUAAUCUUUGUCCUCUUUUUCAUGUUUUUGUUCUUUUUCGCUUUUUCUUCUCCCCUGAUCUUUUUUCUUGUCCCGUUCUUUUUAUCUACUCAAACUAUGAGGCUCCAGAUUGAGGUCUUUUUUUUUCCCUCUCAUUUCAAGGAGAGCUUUUCUGCUGGAAGGGGUCGGUGCGGGAGUAAAGCGGGACGUUAGGGGGCGAAAGGGGUGUUGAUUUCGGACCGGAAUCGAGGGAGGGAGGUUGUUAUUUUUUCUCGCUGAUGUGCCUGAAAUUAUGUUCAACGUCUUUAUAUUUCUUACACUCCUGUCGCCAUACGCCUGAGCUAACUGCCACAUACCAAACACGCUGUCGAGGUGCCCUGCACCUGCCCCAUG